AUCUACAAAAACUGACCCAAACAAUUUGUAUAAAUAACAACAAUAUAAAUAAAAAAUAUAUAAAAGUAAAUAAAUAAACAACGCGGUCUUAGUAAUUAGUUUUUUUUUUAUGUGUUAAUUAAAAAGUAAAUAAGCGAUGAACUGCAACGGAGAUUCUCACAGUCAAGAUGACUCGGUUGUAUGCUUGGACACGAGUCAAGAGUCUGUUUGUGAUAACGAUAUUGAAGUUAUUGACAAUAACGAUGUGGAUAAUAAAUCCAGCGAAGGUAAAACUCUACCACCUGGUGACGCCCCCGACGGUUUUAUCGUCAUCGACGACAUUGACGGCAAUCAGGAGGAAAUUAAUGACCACCAGGAACAUGAGCCAAUCAUUAAGGUUAUCUUUAGGGACAAAGCUGUCGCUUGCGAGUACAGGAAACGCGUGAAAGAUUUUUUACAAAGACUCGUACGCGUUAAUUUGCCAGAAGACAAUUCAUCAGAUUUAGUAUUAGAAAUCUGGGACAAAGAUUCUAAUAAACGUAAACAUGAUGACAAUUUAUCGAGCCCAUUGUUUACGAUUGACAACAAACCUGUUGCUGAAGACUUUUAUAAUAUUCCUGCUUAUGGAAAAAAAUUUGAUCGCGUGUUGAAAGAAUCAACAGGAGAUUCAGAUGAAGAAAAUGAUUGCGCAGGACCUAAACUUACAUGUUUCAAUUGUAUAGGAAAUCAUAACUUGCGCGACUGCCCAAAGCCGCGUAAUUUCAAUGAAAUAAAUAAAAACCGCAAAGAAUUUUCUUCAAGAUCGACAUCAAAGAACUCGCGAUAUCACGUCGAGGAACAGAAAUUUGUACCUGGUGUUCUGAGUAGCGAGCUGCGCAAAGCUCUAGGUCUCAGUCAUAACGAGCUACCAAAACAUAUAUUUAAGAUGAGGUUACUGGGGUACCCGCCAGGUUGGCUAGAGGAAGCGAAACUUGAGCACUCGGGUCUCAAUCUCUACAAUUCGGACGGUAGACGUGUCCUAGACCCAGCAGAGGAAGUCGGAGAGAUAUUUUCCCCUGAGGACAAUGCUAAGUUUGACAUGAAAAAAAUUCACGACUACCCAGGAUUCAAUGUCGCGCCGGCAGCUGGUACUAGAGAUGCAUACUGGAACCCGGAGAUGCAGGCAUUGCACAGCAAGGAAAGGAUGCUGCAGAUGUUGAGCUGCCGCAAAGCUGAGCAAGGCUACAAAAAAAAGAAACUUGAGCGGUCUGUCAGCGAACCGAGUCCUGAUGCGAUCAUCUGCCCCGUGGAAAUGGACUGCGAGCCUACUGAAGACUCCAUAGUAGAACUGGUACCGAUAAACGGCGAAGAUUCCCAGGAACCAGCGCCGCCAGGAUGUGAGCCCGAGUUGCCGAUGACUCCAAAAACUGAUCCCUCCUGCGACUCGCCAUCGCUCGCGGACUUGGAGAGAAGAAAAAAAUUGUUGCUCCAGGAGUUGAACGACUCGAACUUGUCCAGCCCGGGCACGCCAUUGAGUUCACAAAAUAAUUCGACCGCCGAAACUCCCAAGUCUAGUGCGAAAUGUUUGAAUUUAACGGCGACCCCGCCGGUGACUCCGGUGACUGCCCGGAGCUCGACCUCUGACAGUGAAAAUACACCCAAGUUGGGGUCAGUUAAGACAAUCGAACUGGGUACGCCUUUAAUUAAAAGCACUUCCAAGUACAGUCGGCUGCCCGACAGCGAUAAAUUCUCCAAGGACAUUUGCGAUGUUAUUAAUUUUGAAAAUUUACCUGGAGCUACGGGCAAGUAUGAGAAAAUGAGCGGGAUUAUUCAAAAAAUCCGAACUCUGACUAAUCAGGAUUACUCUUGAAGUUUAUUAUUAUUAAAGUAAUCAAUAAUAGUAAUAAUUAAUUGAUAAAUUGUCCGUUACAGUUAAAUGUUUGUACAUAUUUUAAAAUCUUUUGGUGAAAAUAAGUUAAAUUUGAAAGUACCAUUGACAAAAUUAUAUUUCUUAAUAAAAACAACAAAUGAGUAAUUAA